AUGCUCAAGCUGAACAGAUUCCCAGCUGCAUCUUACGAUCCUCAAUUCUCGCCAUCGGAUGAUAUGAGCCCUGAUGAUUUCCUGCAACUUUUCAACGAACCUCAGCAGUCACAAGACAUAUUCUGCCCAAUGCAAUACAUCUCUGGCCCUGAUAUGUUUUCGCCGUCUCCUGAUACCUUCCAGGUCAUUCCACCUUCCCCACCACCACAAACGAUGUUACAUAGUACAACUGACAACAUGCGCCUUAUACCCAUAUAUACCCCAUCGCCCACCUCAUCCUACACCACACUCUCCCCCAGCCCCAGUCACGAGUCGCCUUCGUCUCCAUGGUCCAAAAUUACUACCCCUUCUUCUGAGGGUAGCGUGUCUCCUAUGAUCCCCCAUUUAAGUCUUUCGUGUCGGGGGAGCUCAGCUUCUCUCCGACACCACCAUUCCCAAAGUGAUUCCACAUUUUAUCUUCAACCCCCGGCUGUCGGCAGUAGGCACGUUCGCUCACAUUCAGAGUCAAGCAUGACUUGUCCCGUUGCGAAUCAAGCUAUGCUCGAUGCCAAUCAACAACGUCGGCGCCACGAAGCUACCCAUAGGUGCAAUGAAUGUGGGCAAACCUUCACAGCUGUGUUUAGCUUAAAGUGUCGUAUGCAAUCUCACUCUGGUGUCCGACCAUUUGUCUGCAGUGUUCCUGGCUGUCGUCAGGCGUUCUUCAAUCAGAGCGACUGCAAACGCCACGAACAGAGCAGGAAGCGUCACAAGGAUCUUCCUUUUUCCGACUUACUUUAA